CGCUUGUCCCGCUUCAUUCGCUCUCAACUUUGCGUCAACUGCGUUUAUUCGAGUCUUUCACUUUCUCUUCUUAGCUUCUCUAAUACAAGACCAUUCGUGUAUCCAUGUCUGGCAAGAAACCCGAAUUUCCAGAACCCCCUUGCAAGCUCUUUGCCAUCACGCAGUACCAAUGUUCCCCUGAAAGCGGGCGGGUCACCUGCUGGCCCAUCGAAAGGAUCUUUCGCCAAUGCGGGGAAAACAAACCAGUUAUCGAAGUGACGAACCGUAUCCUCCGAGACCGAUCUGGCAGCAACAAGAAUGAAAUAGUCGUCGACCCCCUCUUCAUUAAAAAUCCACCUAAAGCCAAGAGCUGGGGCGAUUUGAGAGGAUGAAGCCGCCUGCAUCCAUAUCAGCUGCGCCACGGCAGGUUCCAGCAAGAGAUGGGACAAGAAUGAACCUUUGUAAGGGGGGCAGAAAGUGAGCGCCCGUUGGCCGCUGCUGCAGUACCCUCGCUCAGUGCUAGAAAGACUAUUGCGCCCCGUUACAUUUGCAAGAGGCUUGCGACUCAAACAUUGGUCGAUGGCUGGCCCCACACUACUACUAUACAUACUACAAUCGUAGAGCGGUGUAUGGGCAAAUUCAAUGUAACAGAAGAUGAGGGUAUCUGCAUGCAGGGCAAUAAUAUAUGAAUGUAAUGUUACACUAGGCUUUGA